AUAAAUAUGGAGUAGCUAAAACUGGUAAAAAUAAUAAACCUGUAGCAAAAGCUACACAAUCAAUAAAACAGCAUGAAAAAAAGCUUUUAAAUAAUGAAAAAGCACAUAAAUUAGGUGUCAAAGAAGAAUUAGAUCAUUGGCCAAUAUUAGUGAGAACAGCAAAGACAUCUCAAAAAUUGCAACAAUUAUUGUAUUGA